GAAAAAACAGACAACACGCCAUGAUUUGUGAGCGAUGAUAGCAUUCCCAUUUCUUUUCUUCACUUCACAAAUUAACAAAAUAGAUGUGAACUCUUGACUCUUAAGUCACAAGACAAACUCCUAUCAUAUCUAUAUAUAAUAAUAUCAAGAUCCUUAUUCUCACAUAUCACAGCCAAACUGCUUUUAUUCCUCAAGAACAACAUGGCAAAGUUUACACUUCUAUUCCUUCUUCUAACUCUUGUCUCUAUAGCAACAUCAACACCAACAAGUUUCAUUAAAUCCUCAUGUAGCACAACACAAUAUCCUACACUUUGUGUUCAAUCUCUCUCUGUCUAUGCAUCCACAAUCCAACAAGAUCCACACCAAUUAGUCCAAACAGCUUUAUCCCUUAGCCUCGACAAAACUCAAUCCACAAAAGGCUUUGUUACAAUGUGCAAAAGCUUCAAAAAUCUUAAACCAACAGAAUAUGCUGCUCUUAAUGUUUGUGCUGAAGAAAUCAGUGAUAGUGUUGAUAGGCUUAGCCGUUCAUUGAAAGAGCUUAAACUCUGCAAGAUCAACGGUCAAGAUUUCAAUUGGCAUAUAAGCAAUGUGGAGACAUGGGUUAGCUCAGCUUUGACAGAUGAAAGCACUUGUGGAGAUGGAUUUGGUGGAAAAGCACUUGAUGGAAAAAUCAAAGCUUCUAUUAGAUCUAGAAUGGUUAAUGUUGCUCAAGUUACUAGUAAUGCUCUUUCACUUAUUAAUCAAUAUGCUGCUAAUCACUAGGUAGAAAUUAAUCACCAGGAAUCAAAGGUUUGUCAAUACAAAUUAUUGUUAUAAUUUCAUGAGACAAUAAUAGUUAUACUUGUUUUAAGGAAAAUGUAAUAAUAGUAACGAAAAGGGGGUAUAUAGAGCAUAUGGUUUAUUGUAGAUCUCCCCCUUGGAAUCCUUUAUCUACCUUUUGUGUGACAAUUCUCCUUGACCCUAUUAUUACCUCCGAUGUAUCACGAUGAUUUAAAAAAAUAGUUACACAUAAUUUUUUGCUUUAUAA